AUGAAUAUUACGGACUUCACCGUGUGCAAAAAGAGCUACCGCUAUCUCAUCACCCAGGCGAGCUACCCAAACCAUGAUUCCAAGGCGGUCCUCGAUGCCUUUGAUCCCACCAAGGACCUUCAGUUGCAAGAUCUAAACAGCCUUGUCAAAAAGGGUGUACAAGGAGGCGCCCCCGCCUUGUACACGGGAUGGCCCAAGGAACAGGUGAACAACUUUAAUGUUUGGCAUUGUCCAAUGAUUAGGGACACAACGGUUGGCGAAAAGAAAGAGUAG